CACUACUCGUAACUUGAACUCCAUCACCCCGCUCCGUCUCUCAUGGCAAUACAAUCUCCACGAUCAUCAAGGGGGCGCUCCAGUCGCCCCUCGUCUACCGUCGUCUCCAUCCCUCCUCCAUUCUCCCCAUUCACCACCUUCUCUGGCGCCUCCACCCUCACCGACAUGUACGAGGCGCCGCGCAGCCCCAGCCCCGCCCGCUCCGUCCACUCCCUUAUGCCCAUCGGCGUGCAUCCCUGCGAGGUCGAGCCCUCCUCUUCCGGCGUGCUUCCCCGGUACUACGCGAUGUCGCGCUCACCCUCCACCUCGGAGCCGGCACCAGUCAUGGCCGAGGACGCGGGAGAGUCCGUACCCCUCCUUUCUCGCAAUGGGCCGGACUCGGGCAAAUGGUAUCGGGGCCCGCUGUUCAUGACUGGAGUCAAGCUUAGCGUUCUCUUCGCUGUGUUCUCCGCCCUUGUGCUGGGCACGUUUUGGUUCGGCAUGCCCAAGGUCGAGCCAGAAGACCGACCAGCACUCAAGCUUCCACGCUCCUUUGCCGAUCUGCAGGGUCUCAACGCGCUGCUUAAGAAGUACAAGGACCUAUACCCAUGGCGAAUCAUGCUCUGCGGCGUCGUAGCGUAUCUCUAUGUUCAAGCAUUCACACUGCCUGGCUCCAUGUACAUUUCGAUCCUCUUUGGCGCGGCGUACGGCAUUCUUCCUGGUCUCCUCCUCUCCUGCCUCUGCGACUCGUCGGGCUCCAUCCUCUGCUACACUCUCUCAUCAUUCCUUGCACCGCCGCUCCUCGAGCUCCCCUAUUACCGGCGCAUGCUGGAGAAGUGGCGCAAGAAGAUUAUGGGCGACCCGGAAAAAGGCACCGAGGCUGGCAAAGACAGUGUCUUUGCGUUUCUCCUUGUCCUCCGCAUCUUGCCCCUCCCACCGCACUGGGUCGCCAACUUUGUCGCCCCGCACCUGGGCAUAGGAAUGGGCACGUUCUGGCUUACGUGUUUCCUUGGUAUCUGCCCCGUCUCUGUCAUCCACGUCAUGAUCGGGAGCAGUCUGGACCAGAUGACGAGUGCUGAGGACUUCAAGAUCCUUUCGCCGCGCAACAUCAUUGGCAUGGCGGCAGUCAUUGUCGCCGUGCUCAUCCCCGUGGGCUUGAAGCGCGUAUUCAGAACCGACUUUGGUGAUUUGUCGGACCAGCCCGAGGCAGCCGCCCUCGACACGGCCGACGCCCAGGCCGUCGAGUUUGACGAACACGGCCUGCCCAAGCGGACGGCGACAGACGCGGGUGUCACUCUCGCUGGCCCAUCGCAGGGCGAGCCAGAGCGCGAGGACAGCGUCGCCAGCGGACGACGCAGCAUCCUCCCGCCCAUGCCUGGAACACGGGGCAAGGGCAAGGGCGAAGGCACAGGCAAGGGCAAGGGGCGCGCAAUCCUCAUCGAUGUCGUCGACGACGAUCCGGGAGGCAGCGCGUACGAGCUCGGCAUCCCGGAUUCUACGCCUGCGCCUGCGCCCGCGAAGAAGGGCUUCUUCAAGCCUCUGCGCGGGGCGCAGGGGUAUGGCACCAUCAACAUCGAUCCCGCAGAACCCCGCCGCGAAGCAAGUACCUCGUGGUGGCGUCUUCGUGGCUAGUGUAUCCUAGAUGUAUUAACAUGUAAUGCUCUACUUGAAGUA